AUGGGUCAGCAAGUCUCCGAGUGCGAGGCUGGCGUCCCCCUCGGCCUGCUGGGCCUUGACCAGAUCAACUGGGGCGGUCAGGCCGGCGCCAUCUACGAGUGUUGGCGCCUGUCCCCGUGCUGUGGCUCGCCGGACUUGACGGGGUGCCUCCUGUGCCUGCUGCACUGGCUAUGCCUCUCUCCUUGUUCAUCGUGUAAGCUCUAUGCCACCUCGAUGGGCGAUCACUGUUCACUAUGGCCGCACUGCUUCUGCGUUCUCUUCUGCUGCCCGUGUGCUCGACUCUUCACUCGCUACAACCUGCGCAAGAAGAGCGGCACGCGUGGCAACAUGAUUGGCGACUUUAUGUGUAUUUUCUGCUGCUGCCCAUGCGCGUACUGCCAGGAGCUCCGCAGCGUGAGUCCGAGUGGGUGGCGCAUUGUGCCCGAGGUAACCAUCCCCGGAAUCCUUGUGCCGGGCUGCCGCUUCCUCAACUAA